AUGCAUGAAAUUCUCGAGACAGAUCACGUGGAUGAGAGUGACGACGAAGGUGCAGUGUAUAAGUAUUAUACUGCUAAAGCAUCAACGAAAAAGGAGAGAACAGCUCGAGCGGGAAGAAGCAAAAGUGUGUUCGUCGGGAAGAUCUUGCUGCAGAAUUCAAGAUGUGAACUUAGGUAUGUUCCUCCCCUUAUACUCUUAUAA